GAGAAGGCUGAGGAAGGACUGACUCCAGAUCAGAAGAUGAGUGGUUUGGAGGAAGAGGAGGACGGAGCAGAGUCUGGAGGAUCAGACUGGUGGUCUAUGAAGACCCGGUCCAGAGAUCCUUCUCCAGACCUCAGUGAUGAACCUGGACCCUCAGACCCAAAAGAGAGGAAGAGGAGUGAUGAUUCUGAGGAGGAGCAGCCAUCCAGAUCGGGAUCCAGAACCAGAGCUGGACUGCAGACAGCCAAUCAGAGCAGCUCUAAGCAGAUGGACGUUGGUCGUCAGGAACAGAAGUCCAGGCUGAAGGAGACAUUUGAACGUGUGACUGAAGGAGGUGAAACAGGAAGUAGAACCCUCCUCAGCAGGAUCUACACGGUCCUCUACCUCUCAGAGGGACUGAGUGAAGAGGUUAAUACCCAACAUGAGGUGAGGCAGCUGGAGACAGCCUUCAAGGAGAAGAGCCUCCAUCACUCUCCGAUCCAGUGCUGCGACAUCUUUAAAGCCUCACCUGGCCAACAGAAACCCAUCAGAGUGGUUGUGACGAGCGGCGUCGCUGGCGUUGGAAAAACCUUCUCAGUGCAGAAGUUCUGUCUGGACUGGGCCGAGGGGUUGGAGAACCAAGAUAUCAGUCUGGUGAUUCCUCUUUCUUUCAGGGAGCUGAACCUGAUCAGAGAUGGGCAGUACAGUCUUCUGGAGCUGCUCCGUGUUUUCCAUCCAACAUUACAGGAGGUCCCAGCAGACCAGCUCGCUGCCUCCAGACUUCUCUUCAUCUUUGACGGCCUGGAUGAAAGCAGACUUUCACUGGAUUUCAACAACGAUGAGGCUGUUCCUGAUGUCACACACAAGUCCUCAGUCAACCUGCUGUUGACAAACCUCAUCCAGGGGAAGCUGCUUCCCUCGGCUCUCGUCUGGAUCACUUCCCGACCUGCAGCAGCCAAUCAGAUCCCUCCUGCAUGUGUUGACAGGGUAACAGAAGUACAAGGCUUCACUGACCCCCAGAAGGAGGAGUACUUCAGGAAGAGAGUCAGUGAUGAAGAGCUGUCCAGCAGAAUCAUCUAGACCUCCAGGAGCCUCCACAUCAUGUGUCUGAUCCCAGUCUUCUGCUGGAUCACUGCUACAGUCCUGGACCACAUGUUGACGACAGACCAGAGAGGAGAGCUGCCCAAGACCCUGACUGACAUGUACUCCCACUUCCUGCUGGUUCAGACAAAGAGGAAGAAGCUCAAGUAUGCUGAGGGACAUGAGACGAGUCCACAGGAGCUGAUGGAGGCCGACGGGGAAGUUCUUCUGAAGCUGGGGAGGCUGGCGUUGGAACAGCUGGAGAAAGGAAACAUCAUGUUCUACCAAGAAGACCUGGAGCGCUGUGGUCUGGACGUCACAGAGGCCUCGCUGUACUCAGGAGUCUGUUCACAGAUCUUCAAAACAGAGAGUGGGAUCUUCCAGAAAUCAGUCUACUGCUUCAUUCAUCUGAGCGUUCAGGAGUUUCUGGCUGCAGUCUACCUGUUCCACUGUUACACCAACAGGAACACACAGGUAGUCAAAGACUUCAUGGGACCAGACUUAAAACAUACAAUUGCAAAACGAGUAAAACAACCCAAAAAAUCUUUUCUUAAGAAGGUUUUAAAGUUUUUUGGAAAGAACGAUAGCCGUGGUGACAGGGAACAUGACCCUAACUCAUCCCUGGAUGUCUUCCUGGAGAGAGCCAUGGAGAAAUCUCUUGAGAGUAAAAAUGGCCACCUGGACCUGUUUGUCCGCUUCCUUCAUGGCCUCUCUCUGGAGUCCAACCAGAGACUCUUAGGAGGCCUGCUGGGUCAGACAGACAACAGUCCAGAAAUCAUCCAGCGAGCCAUCAACAACCUGAAGGAGAUGAACAGUGAUGAGAUCUCUCCGGACAGAAGCAUCAACAUCUUCCACUGUCUGACGGAGAUGAAGGACCACUCAGUCCAUCAGGAGAUCCAAGAGUUCCUGAAGUCAGAGAACAGAUCUGAGAAGAAACUCUCUGAGAUCCACUGUUCAGCUCUGGCCUACAUGCUGCAGAUGUCAGAGGAGGUUCUGGAUGAGUUGGACCUGAAGAAGUACAACACAACAGAUGAGGGACGACGGAGACUGGUUCCAGCUGUGAGGAACUGCAGAAAGGCUCGGUUUAUUAACUGUAACCUCUCUGAGGCUGAGUGGGAAGUCGUGUUCUCAGCUCUGAAGUCCAACCCCUCCCAUCUGAGAGAGCUGGACCUGAUAAACAACCUGGAGGAUUCAGCCGUGGAGCGUCUGUGUGCUGGACUGCAGAGUCCAAACUGUAGACUGGAGACUCUGAGAUUGGUCGGCUGCAGUUUGUCAGAGACCAGCUGUGCUUCUCUGGUCUCAGCUCUGAAGUCCAACCCCUCCCAUCUGAGAGAGCUGGACCUGAGUACCAACAAGCUGCAGGAUUCAGGACUGGAGCUGCUGUGUGGUUUUCUGGAGAGUCCAGACUGUAGACUGGAGACUCUGAGAUUGAGGUAUUGCAGGUUGUCAAAGACCAGCUGUGCUUCUCUGGUCUCAGCUCUGAAGUCCAACCCCUCCCAUCUGAGAGAGCUGACUGAGUAUCAUGAGCUGCAGGAUUCAGGACUGGAGCUGCUGUGUGGUUUUCUGGAGAGUCCAACUGUAGACUGGAGACUCUGAGG